AUGUUCUUCUCAACUGUCCUCGCCGGCUUGGCCGUCGCUGCCACCACAGUCGCUGCACAGGAGUGCACCACCCAGCGACGUAUCGACACCUCCGACCAGGUCGCCAUCGCCUACAAUGCUGAAGGCUUUGGAGCAUCAGCCGAAGCGUUCAAGCUUGUUCCAUGGGGCUCUCCAGACAGUGCCGGCACUUGCUUGACUACAAUCAUCCCUAACGGCCUUGGAUGUGCCAUUCCAGUUGCUACUACUGGUGCUGGAACAUACCAGUUUGCCGUCGAGACCCGCCAGGUUUUCAACCAAUUGAACGUGACCGAGAUCGUCCCAUUCAACAACGGCACUGUCCUCCUCAGCGUCGAGAUCCACAUUGGGGCCCGCGAGUUCGUUCCCAUUCCUGUCACCUUCCACGGCUACGUCUACAUGGACUACAACACGGACUGCCGUAUCUACUCCGCACGAGCCUACGCCGAUGUUCCCACCUCAGUCCUCAACAUGAUGAUUCCCGGCGGCACCCCAGGCCUUCCAGCCCCAGGACUCUUGCCCCUGUGCAAGAAUCUGCCAAUUGGUGGUCAAAAGAAGCGAGAGAUCUCUUUCGAGGCAUGA